AUGAGCUCCUCGCUAUACAAAAUCUGUUUCAUCAGACGCCGGCCUGACCUCACAGAGGAGCAAUUUUACGACUACUGGAGGAAUGUUCAUGCUCCCAAGAUUGCGUACUGGUCCAAGAAGCAUGGCAUAAUCGGAUACACACAGAUCCACACAUCUAGCGCUCUACGUCAGCCAUUAACAGCGACGCCGCUUCCCCUCGCAGUCAUGGACUUUGAUGGCGCUGUGAUAUGGGAAAUUCCAAGUUUGGAGCACUUUUUUAAUGCUUUUAAUGACCCAUACUACCUGAACGUUAUUGCUCCGGAUGAAGACAACUUUCUCGAUAAGAGCAAAGAAGUAGCGACAGUUACUUUAGGCCACUUUCAUAACAUCGUUGCUGGUGGGGAGCCUCUUAUUGACUACAGCGAAGCGGCUGAACCGUCGGAGACCAAGUAG